GUGGAACGGUUUUCAAUGUAUUUACUUGGGAAAAAUUUCACUAUUCGAUCUGACGCGGUAUCGAACGAGUUCAUUUUCAAUAGUAAACAUCGAAUAGGAAAGCGAGCAAUUUCACGUGCAGAAAGCUGGGCUUUAAGGCUGCAACCUUAUACUUUUGAGGUAGAAUGCGUUCCAGGAUCAUCAAAUAUAGCUGAUGCUUUGUCACGAUUGGUAGAGGAAACGAAGCCACCGGAACCGUUUGAUGAUUCAUUCGAAAAACAUUUAUUAUAUAAACUGGAUGCUGGAACUAUGGAUUUGUCAUGGGACGAGAUUGAGAGAAAAUCUGAAUCUGAUAAGGAACUCUCAAGAGUACGAUAUUCUUUGAACACUGGAGUUUGGGAAAAUGGAUUACAGCGGUAUGAAGUUCAAGCAAACCAUUUGCGUUCUCUAGGAGGAUUAGUGUUUAAAGAUGAUCAAAUAAUAAUACCGGAACAGUUACGACCAAGAGUAUUACAAUUAGCUCACCAGGGCCAUAUGGGAAUAGGAUCUACUAAAAGAAUUCUUCGUGAAUAUUUUUGGUGGCCCAGUAUGAGCACUGAUGCUGAAAACUAUGUGAAGAAAUGUAUGACUUGCUUGCAACUGUCGAGGAAGAAUCCACCGGUUCCAUUAUCGACCAGGCAAUUGCCGCAAGGGCCAUGGGAAAUAUUACAAAUCGAUUUCUUCACUGCUAAAGAGUUUGGACAAGGAGAAUUUCUCGUAAUUGUUGAUAUUUAUUCAAGAUACUUGCAUGUAAUUGAAAUGAGCAGCAUGGAUGCCGAAAGAACAAACGAGGCGCUGAAUAAAGUGUUUCAUGUAUGGGGGCUACCUCUUAUCAUUCAAAGUGAUAACGGCCCUCCAUUCCAAAGCGAGAAAUUCAUUUCAACUUGGGAAAACAAAGGAGUCAGAAUAAGGAAAUCAAUCCCCUUGAGUCCUCAAUCGAAUGGAGCGGUCGAGCGACAAAACAAAGGAAUCAAACCCGAGUGGAAAAAGUACCCCCAUCAUCGCAGCUCAACAGUCAACCCCAUUCAAACUGACCACCAACAACAACGAGUGCGAGGAAGGUUCAAAACGACAACCCCCAAAUCCUUUCCCCUCGUAACGGCUUCGUUCGUUGGGCUGUCCAUCGAUCGUCACAGCGCUGAAAUGGGAUGA